GACGCGGCGCCGCUCUUCGGGCGGGGCGGGGAGUCAGCCGAGGGACCUGCGGCGGGCCCGCUUCGGCCGCGUCUCCUGUCCGGGUUCCCGCAGCGUUGGAGCGUGGCCUCGGUCCAGCACCAUGGGCAAGCGGGACAAUCGGGUGGCCUAUAUGAACCCCAUAGCGAUGGCCAGAUCAAGGGGUCCAAUCCAGUCUUCAGGGCCAACAAUCCAAGAUUAUUUGAAUCGACCAAGGCCUACCUGGGAAGAAGUAAAAGAACAAUUAGAAAAGAAAAAGAAAGGCUCCAAGGCAUUGGCAGAAUUUGAAGAAAAAAUGAAUGAGAACUGGAAAAAAGAACUAGAAAAACACAGGGAGAAAUUAUUAAGUGGAACUGAAAGCUCAUCCAAAAAAAGACAGAGAAAGAAAAAAGAAAAGAAGAAAUCUGGUAGGUAUUCAUCUUCUUCUUCAUCAAGCUCUGAUUCUUCCAGCAGUUCUUCAGAUUCUGAAGAUGAGGAUAAGAAACAAGGGAAAAGGAAAAAGAAAAAGAAGAAUCGUUCACAUAAAUCUUCUGAAAGCUCCAUGUCAGACACUGAAUCAGAUAGUAAGGAUAGUUUGAAAAAGAGAAAGAAGUCAAAGGAGGCGACUGAAAAAGAAAAGGAAAUUAAAGUACUCAGCAAAAAAAGAAAGAUAUAUCCUGAAGAAAAACCUUUGUCAUCAGAGUCCUUGUCAGAAUCAGAUUAUAUUGAAGAGGUACCAGCCAAAAAGAAGAAAAGCAGUGAAGAACGAGAAAAAGUAACAGAAAAAUCAAGAAAGAAAAAGAAGCAUAAGAAACACAGUAAAAAGAAGAAAAAGAAGACAACUAGUUCAAAUCCUGACUCGCCAUAACAUUAAGAAAAAAACAGGAUUCCCUUACAAAGAAAGUGCAAUGAUCGAGGAAAUUCAACUGUGAAAAAGAUGACAUACUUACUAAUGCAUGAAUCUUCUUGUUUGUAAAAUUAUUCCUGGACUAUUCAGUAGCCACUGAGAUGCCGCUGUGUGAAAAGGCCUUGGUUAACUGUUGCCUGAUGCUCAACACCUGUUCUUUCCUCUUCCAGUUCUUAAUAACUCUGGGAGAUAAUACACUGCAGUCAUACUAGAGGUUAAGAUAUUGGGAAUAAAGUUAAUAUUUUUGACUAGAUGUGUCUAAUGUUCAAACAACAAAAUUUAAUCUGAAUAUGUCUUUAAGAUGUAAUCAGAAGUGACCAGAUAAAAUAAUCUAGUUAUUAUUUUUUAUGUAGGGAUUACAUUGAUACUAAAAGUCCUUACUCUGUAGAUAAGUGUAUUUUAAUUUUUUCCCAAUGUAUCUUUUAUUUACCUGGGGAAGGACCUUUUUGGUGGGGAGGGUUUGCUAUCUCUUUAGCUAGCAGAAUAGCGUGCCUUUUAUCUUUACACAUCACUUUUUGUGGACACAGUAGCCAUGCUUCAUGAGGAGGUCAGAGCUGGGUCCAGCUGUCUUGUCUUUUACUGCGUUUAAUGAUAUCCGUUGGCUCUGUUGUAUGCUGCUUUGAGUGCACCAGAGAAUUAUAGCCUGUUUGCAGCAUGAGAAAAAACUCACGAUGCUCUGGGAUUUACCUCCACUUCAAUAAUAAUACUGAAUAUUUUUUAGCUUUAGAAUGUGUUAUAUCAUUUGAAUUAAUUUUGACUACACUUUGACUUUAGAGAGGAAUCAUUUCAAAUAUAGACACUGGUACUUUUUGAACUUGAUAGUUAAAGAUUCUAAAAUGCAUGUUUUAUACUGUUAAAUUUUAAACAGUCAGGAAACUUUUAUGUAACCAGUGAUAGUUAUUUUUUGUAUGAAUAUUGUUUAGGCUGUAAUAUUUAGCUUUUGUUAACUUUUAUUCUUGCUAUCUUAAAUUCCUUACUGUGUUUAAUGGCACAUUUGCCAAGAUAUUUAGCAUGUAAAAAGCAGUUUUUUGAUUUUUUUUUUUAAACAGCUUCAUAUUGAAGCUGAGAUUUAGCAUAGACCAGUUGAGUGGCAGGCCUGGUAUGCUGUGUCUUGUUAAAAAAAGCUAUGCCAGAAUCUUAGUAAAUGCAACGUUUUAAAAGUU